AAGCGAUGGCGGCGGCGAGGGAAGCGCCGUGGCGCCGGCUGACUGGCCUGACCUUCGGCGUGUAUCGGGCGGCGGAAAUCGAGAAGCUGAGUGUAAAAUCAAUAACCAACCCACGUUUCCUGGAUAAUGCAGGCACUGCAUUACCCAAUGGAUUGUACGACUUGGCUUUGGGACCACUUGACAACAAGGAAGUGUGUGCAACUUGUGUACAGGACUUCAACAACUGUCCAGGGCACCUAGGUUACACAGAUCUGCCUCUCACUGUCUAUAAUCCUCUCUUUUUUGAUAAAUUAUUCCUUCUGAUACGAGGUUCUUGCUUGAGCUGUUGCCAUCUGACAUGUCCUCGUGCUGUGAUUCAUUUAUUGCUUAACCAGCUGAAGCUCUUGGACGUAGGACUGCUUGAAGCUGUGUAUGACCUUGAGGCUGUCCUAAGCAGGUUUUUAGAGGAAAAUGCAGGCGCACUUGAGAUAGACAUAGAAGAAAUGUUAAGCCAGCACACAAAAGAAAUUCUCCAAAAUAACCAGCUAAAGGACCAAGGUUCAAAUGUAAAAAACGUAUGUGAGUGUAAAAGUAAACUGAUAUCCCAGUUUUGGAAAUCGCACACAAGUUCAAAGAGAUGCCCCAACUGCAAAGCUGAAAGAUCACUUGUCCGAAAAGAACAUAAUAGCAAACUCACUGUGACUUAUCCCACCGUGGUAAUCCAGAAGUCAGGCAAACAGAUGAUUGUGGAGGAAGCUGCAAUCAUAGAUGAAACUCAACUGGGAAAGCGAGGUUACCUGACACCUAGCAGUGCCAAAGCCCAUAUUGAAGCUUUGUGGAAUAACGAAGGUUUUUUCCUCUCCAAACUUUUCUCUGGUAUGAUGGUCAGUGAAGAUUCACAUUUCAAUCCUGAGAUGUUCUUUCUGGAUAAACUUGUUGUUCCACCAUCUAGGUAUCGUCCAGUGAGUUUUGUUGGAGACCAGAUGUUUGCGAAUGGUCAGACGGUGAACUUGCAAGCUGUUAUGAAAGAUGCUCAGUUAGCACGGAAACUUUUGGCUUUCAUGGCUCAAGAUCUGAAGCAAUCAAUGCAAAGUGAAGAGGGAGAAAUCCAGAAGCCAGGGGAGCAGCCCUUGGAACUCCUGGACCGUUCUGUCUUGGUGACAAUCCCUGGGCAGACAGUGGCAGAUAAGCUUUACAACAUCUGGAUUCGUCUUCAGAGCCAUGUAAAUAUUUUGUUUGACAGUGACAUGGACAAGCUCAUGUCUGAAAAAUUCCCCGGUGUGCGACAGAUUUUAGAAAGAAAGGAGGGCCUGUUUCGCAAGCAUAUGAUGGGCAAACGAGUGGAUUAUGCAGCUCGGUCAGUCAUUUGCCCCGACAUGUACAUUGGGACCAAUGAGAUUGGCAUUCCUAUGGUCUUUGCUACGAAACUGACCUAUCCUCAACCUGUAACUCCUUGGAACGUCCAUGAGCUGAGGCAGGCUGUUAUAAAUGGGCCUGGUGUGCACCCAGGUGCCUCCAUGGUCAUCAAUGAAGAUGGGUCUCGCACCAUCUUGAGUUCAACCAGUCAGACCCAAAGAGAAGCCAUAGCCAAGCAACUCUUAACUCCUUCCACUGGGGCACCAAAACCAGGAAUAAAAACAGUGUGCCGCCAUAUUAAAAAUGGAGAUGUCCUUUUGCUGAAUCGCCAGCCCACCCUUCAUAGACCCUCUAUCCAAGCUCAUCGAGCCAGGAUUCUUCCCGAAGAGAAGGUUCUGAGGCUUCAUUAUGCCAAUUGUAAAGCUUACAAUGCUGACUUUGAUGGGGAUGAAAUGAAUGCUCACUUCCCUCAGAAUGAGCUAGGUCGAGCGGAAGCCUAUGUCUUGGCUUGUACUGAUGAGCAGUAUCUUGUUCCAAAGGAUGGGAAGCCAUUAGCAGGCUUGAUCCAGGAUCACAUGGUCUCUGGUACCAGCAUGACCACACGAGGCUGCUUCUUUACCCGAGAACAGUACAUGGAACUGGUGUAUCAAGGACUGACCGACAAAAAGGGAAGAGUGAAGCUUCUGCCUCCAGCUAUUAUAAAGCCACAUCCUUUGUGGACGGGAAAGCAGGUUGUUUCUACAUUGCUUACAAAUGUAAUUCCAGAGGACUGGCCUCUGCUGAAUUUGUCAGGAAGAGCUAAAAUUGAUGGAAGAGCCUGGGUGACAGCCUCUGGCCCAGGAAUUUACCCAUCAGGUCUUGACUUUAUGUGUGAAUCUCAGGUUAUCAUUCAAAAUGGGGAGCUGCUCUGUGGGGUCUUGGACAAAGCUCACUAUGGUAGCUCUGCCUAUGGUUUGGUCCACUGCUGCCAUGAUGUCUAUGGUGGUGAGACGAGUGGAAAAGUGCUGACGGCUCUGGCUCGGCUCUUCACAGCCUACUUGCAGUUCUACAGGGGCUUUACAAUGGGAGUAGAAGAUAUUUUGGUCAAACCAAAAGCAGACCACAGAAGACGGAAGAUCAUGAAAGAAUGUACCCGUUGUGGUUCAAAGGCCAUUAAAGCUGCAUUUAACUUGCCAGAAACCUCCUCAGGUGAGCAGGCCAGAGGGAAGUGGCAGGAUGCCCACCUCCACAAAGACCAGAGAAACUUUAAUAUGGUCGAUCUGAAAUUCAAAGAGGAAGUGAACCAUUACAGCAAUGAAAUUAACAAGGUGUGCGUGCCUCUAGGGCUUCACCGGAGUUUCCCUGAGAAUAAUUUGCAGUUGAUGGUGCAGUCAGGGGCCAAAGGAUCUACUGUGAAUACUAUGCAGAUUUCUUGCUUGCUGGGCCAGAUUGAGUUAGAAGGUCGAAGGCCCCCGUUAAUGCCGUCUGGCAAAUCGUUGCCAUGUUUUCAGCCUUACGACUUUUCCCCCCGAUCGGGAGGAUUUGUGACUGGGAGAUUUCUCACUGGCAUCAAGCCUGCAGAAUUCUUCUUUCAUUGCAUGGCUGGUAGAGAGGGACUGGUGGAUACUGCUGUCAAAACCAGCCGAUCUGGGUACCUUCAAAGGUGUAUUAUAAAGCAUUUGGAAGGGCUGAUAGUUCAUUAUGACCUGACUGUACGAGACAGCGAUGGCAGCAUUGUGCAGUUUCUCUAUGGAGAAGAUGGCUUAAACGUUCCUAAAAUACAAUUCCUGCAACCCAAGCAGUUUCCUUUCAUUGCAGAUAACUUCAAGGUAAUAGAGAAAUCUAAACAUUUAGAUGAAGUUCUGUCAAAAAUGGACCCUCGGCAUGCAAAGGAACAGUUCAGGUCCAUCAAGAGAUGGCAAGUCAAGCACCAGCAGACUCUCAGAAAAGGAGCCUUUUUGCUGUUUUGUCAGAAAAAAAUGGCAAGUGUAAUGGCCCAGAUCCCUACAGGAGAACUUGAAAAUAGUCGAGAAACUAAAACUCUACAGUUGUUGAAGAUGUGGUAUGGACUGAAUGAGACGAGACGGAGCAAGUAUCAGAAAAAGGCAGCAAAAUGUCCUGAUCCCUGCCUGGGUAUCUGGCAGCCAGACAUCUAUUUUGCAUCGGUGUCAGAAACAUUUGAAAAUGAUGUAGAGAAUUUCCUUACAGAAUGGAACACUCGGAAUGACCGCGGCUAUUGUAAAUCUGAACUUUCUUCGGAGAGAUUAAAGGACUUGUUGCAUUUAAAGUGGCAGCAGUCACUCUGUGACCCAGGAGAAGCUGUGGGUCUCCUUGCUGCUCAGAGCAUUGGAGAGCCCUCCACACAGAUGACUCUGAACACUUUCCACUUUGCUGGAAGAGGCGAAAUGAAUGUUACUCUCGGUAUCCCAAGGUUGCGGGAGAUCCUGAUGGUAGCCAGUACUAAUAUUAAAACCCCAAUGAUGAGUAUUCCUGUCCUUAAUACCAAGAGAGCUCAUAAGAGGGUGAAGAGACUCAAGAAACAGCUUACUAGAGUGUGCUUAGGCGAGGUGUUACAGAACGUGGAUAUUCAGGAGUCAAUGUGUUUGGAGAUGAAUCUUAACAAGCACCUCGUCUACACUAUCAAAUUUACUUUUUUGCCACAUGAAUGUUAUGGGGAUGAGAUAUGCGUGAAGCCAAGGAACAUCUUGAACUUUAUGGAGACAAGUUUCUUCAAAAUCUUACUGGAAACAAUUAAGAGGAAGAGUUCAAAGCUGAUCUCAUAUAACAAUGUUGGUACUCAGCGAGCAAAUCAUAGGGACUUAGGUAGUGAUGGAAAAGUUGGAGCAUCCCAAGAAAACCAGGAUGACCAAGAAGCUGAGGAAGAAGGGAGAGUACCUGAUGGAGAAAUUGAUGAAGGGGAUGCUGAUGCUACAGAUGCAAAAAGAAGGGAGAAGCAGGAAGAGGAGGUUGAUUAUGAGAGUGAUGAGGGCGCUGUGGAGGAGGAUGAAAUUCCGGAUAAGGAAGAGGCUGCACUGUGUGACGGUGACAGGGAUCCAGAAGCAGCUGAAACUCAGGAAGAUACUUCUGCCCCUUUCUCUAAUGAGCAGUUUCAGAACAAGAGAAAGACUUUGGAUAAGUUGACUGAUCACAGAGUUAAUACCGUACUGGAGAGUCACAGUGCUAUUGAAAGCUAUGCAUAUGACACAGAUAACGAACUGUGGUGUGAGGUCACUUUGAAACUUCCACUGUCAAAGGAGUACUUCGACUUGGCUUCCCUGCUGACUUCCCUGGCAAACAAAACAGUUAUCCAUGAGACCAAGGGGAUCACACGAUGUCUCUUAAAUGAAACCACCAUCAAAAAAGAAGAGAAGGCACUCAUGUUACAAACGGAAGGGAUAAACCUUCCUGAGCUCUUCCAAUACACUGACAUUUUGGAUUUGAAGAAGCUUUAUUGCAAUGAUAUUCAUGCAAUGGCUAAUACUUACGGCAUCGAGGCUGCCUUGAAAGUCCUUGAGAAAGAGAUUAAAGAUGUGUUUGCUGUGUACGGGAUUGCAGUAGAUCCUCGGCAUCUCUCUCUGGUGUCUGACUACAUGUGCUUUGAAGGUGUUUACAAACCACUUAAUCGGUUUGGUAUGCAGUCCAGUUCUUCUCCAUUGCAGCAAAUGACAUUUGAGACCAGCUACAAGUUCUUGAAGGAAGCAGCAAUGCUGGGCUCCCAUGAUGAGCUACAAUCUCCUUCUGCUUGCCUAGUGGUUGGGAAAGUUGUCAAAGGAGGAACUGGAUUGUUUGAUCUCAAGCAGCCUCUUAAAUAGGGGCAUGAGUGUUUGUGUAAAGCCUUUUUAAGGCUGAUAUGUUGUAAGUAAUGAACAUAAUGCUGUAAUUUUGUUUUCCAACUGUGUGUAUAUCUAUAUAAAUACCAGUAUUGGCCUCUAAUGACUACCUUUAGGAAUUAGAUUUAAAAUAAAUGUCUUGUACUGUG